UCAGAUGGGUACCAGAUCCAGUGUAAGGGGUGUGAGGGGAGUACAAUUCUAGUGGCUGCGGGCAGGAUCACCUUUCUCCAGCAGCCUGCUGUCAGGUCAGUGUAGGCAAAAGGCCAGGCUGCUGCUGUUGCAUACAGAGGACAGACAACCCAAUGCCACACUGGUGCCGGAAGUGGCUGUUAUGCACCUCUGCACCCUGACAUGGGCUGUGCACGUCUGCACAUCUACUACCUCUGUGAUCCCAGCUGAGUUGGUUUAAGAAGCACAAGUGAGGAAAAAAAUAUUUUAUUUUUCUGUAAGGUUAGUUACAUGGUUAAGACAGCUCCUUGUGAGGGUGGAUGAGUGGUGGAGCUGGUCCCUGAGACAUCUGGACCUCACAGGUGGGACAGGGGGACAGCUUUCUGCAAUGUCUCCGUGAGAGUGGCUUGGCUAUAAUGCCAUUUAUUGAGACUUUUAGGCACUGGUGAAUUCAACCUGGAAGAGCAGGUCAGCGUUUUUUGUAGCUCUGAGGCAGAAGAUGUGUGCAAGCGGAGCCCCACCUUACACUGAGGGCUCUGAAGGACACAGACAAGAAGAGUCUGGCAGCAAGGGAGCGACACCUGCACCACUGUGAGGGAUCAGGCAGGGGUGAAACACAGCGCCAGUAAUUGAAGGCGCUGGGUUCUCGAUGCCUGCCUCCUCCCUGCACCAAGAGUGAACGGAUCGGCUUCUGGCACCGAAGGCUCCCUCCUCAGCUCUUCCAGGGAUUACCUGAAGGACUGCAAGCCAGCCGCCCCCCGGGACGUGCCGCCUGCUCAGCAGCGCGGAGGCGAAGGGACGGCCACCUCGGCCACCUCGGGUCCCCCGGCAGGACGUGAGGGGACCCCCUGGCCCCUCGCAGCCCACCUCCGACCCCAGCCGGUCCCAACCCGGCGCCGGACCUGAGCGCAAAGGAGUUAACAGGACUUUCUGCCUCUUCCUGCCCGCUCCUCCUCCUCCUCCUCCCCAUUACCUGCACUUUAUCACCGCCGGAGCCGCGGCGCGGGGCGGGGGCGGUGAAGGUGGAGGGGGGCCGGCGGCUCCCCCAGCUCCUGCCGGGGCUUUGCCGCCCGGCCGGCGGGGCCGAGGCGUGCGGGGGCCGCGGGGCUCCGCGCUCCGCUCCGCUCGGUGGGCGGGGGGCAGGCGGAGCGGGGCUGCGCGCCGUGAGCCCGGCCGGGAUGCGGCAUGGCUGGGGGCUCCGUGAGGAUGCCGCCGCCCCCGCCGUGUGAGGCUGCGGAGCCGGCCCGCGGCUGGAGGAGCCCCGGCGGGGGAGCCCCCGACCCGCCGCCGCCGCCGCCGCCCGUGCAGCUGCGGCAGAAGCUGCGGGAGCUGCCGGCGCUGCUGCGGAGCGGGCUGACGCUGCGCAGGAAGAGCGCGGCCGCCGCCGGCCACCGGACCCUGUCCAGAAGAAUUUCAAAUCCAUACCUGGAAACUCCUUCAAACAAGAUUUAUGGAGAAAGUUCCUCCUGUGCUGGAAGAGCUCUCAGGAAUAUUUUCACACUACAAGCUUCUGACCUGAUUAAAGACCGGGUGUACCUUACUGGAAUUUGCAGGAGAAGCUGUGUUGGAUCAGAACUGGUAGACUGGCUCUUGGAGCACUGCCCAUUUGUUAAGUGCAGAUCUACAGCAGUUGGAGUGUGGCAGCUGCUUCUGGAUAUGGGCAUUAUAUUAUCAGUGGACAGACAACUCUAUUUUCAAGAUGCUCAUGCUUUCUACCAGUUCUCAGCAGAUGAAUGUACCUACCUUUUCUGUGAAUUUGAGAAAGAGGAAGGCUGGAAGAAUGGUGUAAAGCUCCUACUUCAACUACUGCCAUUGGCUCCUCCCAGGAUUGACAUGUGCAAUCUGCCUGAUCAAAAAAUAGAAGAUACGGCAGAAACCAAUGCUGAAAUUCUUGCUCGUCUCACUUCUGCGGUACAGAGGGAGCUGGCUGCUGUCAUUGCCUUGAAAGCAAGGAAGUCAGCAAUUCAUCAAAAUGAAGAAAACAACAGUCAAGGAAAAAGAGGGCUAGAAGACCUCAAGGAUACCUCUGAUGCUCAGGCAGGGGUUUUGUGCAAGCUUCAGGAAAGAGAUGACAUUGGACGGAUUGAGCUAGUCCAGAAGCUGGCACGAGAAAACUGUCAGUUUUUGCAGGCGGAUAGAAAACAACCAGAGAAGGCUGAACAAGAGGGACAGUGCAAUCUAGACCCCGGGGUUUCCAUGCAUGUUCCUCAACAAAGGAACAUUGUGAGGACACACGGGCAGUCGUAUGAGUGUUUACUCAAGAUGCCUUGCAUCUCAUUGCAGAUACCAUGUGAUUUACCAGUUGCCAUGGCGGAGGAUGGAGGCGGCGGCGAGCGGGCUCGGGAGGAGGCCGGCGCGGCGCUGGUGCUGCGGAAGGUGUGGUCACGCAGCCCGGCCCCCGAGCGGCGCGGGAGGUACGUGGUGGUGGCGGGGACGCCGGAGAAGAUUUUGGAGCAUCUCCUGAGCGACCUGCACCUGGAAGCGGCGCAGGACAAAGACACCGAAACUCUCCUGGAUGACUUCCUUCUCACAUACACAGUUUUCAUGACGACUGAUGACUUGUGCCAGGCACUUCUGAGGCACUAUUGUGCAAAGAACUAUCAAGGGAAAGAAGAUGACUCUGAUGUAUCCUGUAGGAAACGAAAAGUUUUGCAUUUGGUUUCUCAGUGGACUUCUCUCUACAAAGACUGGUUACACGAAGAUGAGCAUUUAAAACAAUUUUUAAAGACGAUAUACCGGAAUGUGCUAGAUGAUGUGUAUGAAUAUCCCGUUCUUGAGAAGGAACUGAAGGAAUUUCAGAAGAUACUUGGGAUGCAUCGUCGUCACACUGUAGAUGAAUAUUCACCACACCGAAAGAAUAAAACCUUUUUCCACCAGUUCAGUCUAAAGGAGAGCUGGCUGCAACACAGAGGAACCAUGAAUGAAGCAGAAGAAAUGUUCUGCCGUGUGUAUAUAACGGAGCACUCGUACGUCAGCGUGAAAGCUCAAGUAACCACUUCAGCACAGGAGAUACUGAAGAUUAUAGCGGAAAAGAUUCAGUACCCAGAGGAGGAGCUGGCACUGGUUACAGUCACGUUCUCUGGCGAAAAACAUGAACUACAACCAAAUGACUUGGCCAUCUCAAAAUCUUUUGAAUCAUCCAGUCGUAUGUUUGUCUACCGAAAAGAUCUGACUGAUUCUUUGAACCCAUUUGCUGAAAACGAGGAGUUGCAGCAACGGUCUGUGAGAAUUUUGGGAAUCAACACUUGGGAUCUUGCCUUAGAACUAACAAAUUUUGACUGGAGCCUCUUCAACGCAAUUCAUGAGCAAGAGCUCAUAUACUUCACAUUCAGCAGACAGGGCAGUGCUGAAAACACUGAGAAUCUCAGUCUUCUGCUUCAAAGAUGCAACGAGGUCCAGCUUUGGGUUGCCACUGAGAUACUCCUCUGCAGCCAGCUCUGCAAGCGUGUACAGCUGGUCAAAAAGUUCAUCAAGAUUGCUGCCCACUGUAAAGCCCAAAGAAAUCUGAAUUCAUUCUUUGCUAUUGUUAUGGGUCUCAACACUGCGUCUGUCAGCCGGCUGUCUCAGACCUGGGAGAAAAUUCCUGGGAAGUUCAAGAAACUUUUCACUGAACUGGAAAGCUUGACAGACCCUUCUCUGAAUCACAAAGCUUACAGAGAUGCAUUCAAGAAAAUGAAAUCUCCGAAAAUUCCCUUCAUGCCCUUACUUCUGAAAGAUGUAACAUUCAUCCAUGAAGGAAAUAAAACAUUUCUGGAUAACCUUGUUAAUUUUGAAAAACUGCACAUGAUUGCAGAUACUGUUCGAUCAUUGAGACAUUGCAGAAAUAACCAGUUUGGCAAUGAAGUUCCUUCGAAAGAGCACCAUGAACUGAAGCCAUACGUCCACCACCUGCAUGUCAUCGACAACCAGCAAGCUCUCUUCGAGCUUUCUCACAGGAUAGAGCCGCGCGUGUGAGCGUACACAGCUUCGUAUAACCUUGUAACUGCAGCACUUUGAAUUAAGUGAAUGUUUAUGCCAAGCAUGUUGCUUCCGUAUAUGAGAACAGUUUACUGAGUUUUAUCAGUAACUCACACAACAUGCACAGGAAAAUCAGGCAGAGCAAGCAAAGAAGCUGCUCACAGAGCUGCAAGGCAAGCUUGGUGCCAUCCCCGCUCGUCACCAAGCGGAGCAGUGUUCUUUGAGCUCAAGAGCUUGGUUUCUGUGAAAAUAUUGUUUGGUCCAGUGUAGCUUUCAAUGCAGAUUCUGCCAGUAUUAGAAAGGAAGUGUCGUGUCACAGCAGCAAACCAUUGCAGCAAGCAACAUGAAGCAAGGGGGUUCGCAAUUCUUCGCAGUGUGUACCUCACUGAUUCAAGGUUGCCAAAAAUACUGUGCAAUCCAGGCAGCUCCCCUGCAUCCACCGGAGCAUUUUGUUCGGGAUAACUGCGGACAGCCAAGGACUGGAAUAUAAAAAGGCAGCACACCAUGUGAACUUCAAGAGUGUGUCACAAUUUGGAGGUCAGUAAACAGUUGAUACUAUAAUGGUCCCUUAAGAAUCUGCUUUAUAAAACACACUGUAGGAGCCAAUCCACUUUUGUUGCAGUUUCUGGACACAAUUGUUUGUACACAGAAAAUGCGUUACUUUCUUCCUUUUCAUUUAUCUCAGAUUUAGUACUAGCUUCUGCAGCUAAAGAGUUAUAGACUGUUAUGGCAGGAGCUACUUUUUUUCAGCUUGUAUUACACCCUCCUUUGUGUCAAUUCAGAGGCAAUGCCUAGGCUCACCUACAUUCCUAACUAACCUUUUGGAAAUGCUCUGUUUCAGCAGGUAAAAUUUCACCUAACUUGCACAAGCUUCCAGUUCCUACAGAAAAGCACUGUACACCCUUCAGGGUACCAGUGUAACGACCUGCAUACACAUCAGGCUGUCAGCAUUUGGGUCCCUUCCUGCUUCCGUGCACCUCACAUAUUUUCCUUAGCCAAUUUUCAUGUAGUUAAUAGUAGUACUUCUGGGCACAUACUGAGGCAGCAUUUCUAACGUCCUGUCUACAGCUGACCUAAAUCUACACACCACUGUCACCAUAGCUCCGGUUUUCAGCAUGAAGAAGUUACACAAAAUAAUGUGUGCUGCUCUGCCUGGCACUCUCGUUCACACACAGACUUGCAGUAACAGUCCCUUUGCAGAGCAGGAAGGUGGAUACGUUGCACCACUUUGCCCGUCUCUAUCCUAUGUUUUCCACAUGAGGAAGAUUUCCAAGAAGAUGCUCCUUUACUGAAAUGUGGAUCUGCUGAAGUAGCAUGCUCUUCAUCAUUGUGUUAUCUCUGGUUUAAAGGGGUUUUUAAAAAGCAGCUUUAAUAAGUAGUCUGUGGGGGAAAUCUGUAGAAUGCAUUCAGUUUUCCCAUCUGUGAAAUAUUGUAUAGAUCUAUUGUAAAGGAAACAGAUGUUUCAGAAAUGUAUUUGCUUGUACUUUGUUAUUAUCAAAUACUAUAUGAUUUUUUUUUUUUUUUUAAGAAAAAAAAUCUUCUUUUUACCCAGUAAAAAGAAAGAAAAAAAUAAACUCUUGCUGGCCAUGGAGUAAAAAUUUCCUAUGUUCUUCUGUAGAUGUGACUGCACAUAUUGUAAAUAAGUCUUUUGUGCAAACAGACCAAAACUGUUCAGAUGAGGAUACUAGCUGCAGUGGACUCCCUUUUUGCAGUGUAAGAACACAAACCAUGGGUUGAAUUUGCUUCUUGUUCUGUUGCAGUUCUUCCUCUGGCUCCAGCACUCCCUGAAUCCCCACCCUAGUUGCAUUACCUGCAUUGUCUGCUGGUUUUUGAGCUCCCCCUUGUGAAAUCUCAUUACUACGACAUUAUUUUUAAGAGCCUGCAUGUAGACUUGACUGCAUGCAUUAGCACAUAUGUUAUAAUGUUAUUCCACAAGUUGUUUUGUUGAAAUCUGUGGGAGAGGGAGCAUAAGAAAGUAUUUGCGGUUCACUGCAUUCAGCUCUGUGAUAGUUCUGGUGGUUACUGCUGUUGAAGCAGCAGCAGUGCCAGAGAAGAAUAAAGGAAAUGAAAGAAGGGAGGGAAAAAAAUAAAAAAUAUAUAUAAAAAAGACAACUGCUCUGGCUUUGAUUUUAAAGUAUGCUAAAGCCAGCUUGAAGGCUCCUCACUGCCAGUUCAAACUGGCUGAAGCAAAUUGUUGGGUAACGUUGUACCUGUGGGCUUCGAGCCAGCCUGAGCAUUUGCUUUCUGCACCACUGUAACUUCAUACUGAAUCGGGUGUUGUCUGUCCCUUACAGCUGGCAUGAAAACAGUUUGAAGGCACAAAGCCAGCACUAAGCAUGUUAUCCAAGUUCUGGCUAACUGGACUAUUUUUUAAAACUUUAAGAACUAGUGUUCAUAGUGGCCUUUAUUAUUUGAAUAUGACUUAAUGGUCUGAGGGGCCGACUUUGGUGCAUCAAUUUCACAUUGAAAAUAUGGGUAUUAAAACUGUUACCUUGAAGGAAAGGCAAGUAGCCCAAAUAAUAUGUCUAACAAACAAAAAGGCCUGUCAAAGUCUUCCUUCAACACCUAAAGUAUUGCAGAGCUGGGCUUCAGACUGGCAGGCACUUUGAAGGUGUGGUGGGAGGAGAAACAAACCCUGUGAAAAUGCCAGGGGCACUACAUAGCCUCUCCUGGGGUCCGGCACAGGUAAAACUGUGAUUUUUAAACUGUUCAUCCUUGCCCAAUAGCACAUUUAUGUUACGUGGAUAAAAUCCAUGAAUCCCAUAAGUUCAGUAUAUCACAGUCACACCUGAGGCUAAAUAUACCGCAUAUUUUCAUGAGUAGCUAGGAAGAGUAAUUAGACAAAACCAAGGAAAAAGCCAGGUCACUCUGUACCUCUGGUGUGUGAUUUUGCUGCAUCAAAUGUAGAUGCUUCCAUUACUUGUUUGAUUCUAGCCCCAUUUCAGAUAGAAGUUAACUGCAUUUGCAUGACACUGGCAAAAAAAUAAA